UAUAUGUCCAUGUUUAUGAACAGCCUAGCCACUGGCGUCGCAAAAUAAAUUCAAAAUGCUUCGGUUUAACUUUGUCAUUAUUUCCCUCAAUGUUUUUGCUUGUAGUAGCGGUGCUUUUUUUAAUCAACGUUCAUUCACCAUCGACUACGAGAAUAAUGUGUUUCUCAAGGAUGGCAAGCCGUUUCAAUACAUUUCCGGAGGAAUUCAUUACUUCAGAAUACCUCGGGUGUAUUGGAAAGAUCGCUUAAUGAAAAUGAAAGCAGCUGGUUUGAACACUGUACAAACGUAUGUGGCAUGGAAUUUUCACGAGCCAAGACAGGGUCAAUACAAUUUUAAUAACGAUUCUGAUAUUGAAUUCUUUGUCAAGCUUGUUAAUAGUUUAGAACUAUUGUUGAUCUUAAGACCAGGUCCUUACAUUUGUGCAGAAUGGGAUUUGGGAGGGUUACCAUCGUGGCUACUACGAAACAGCUCUAUGGUUUUACGUUCCUCUGAUCACGCUUAUUUAUCUGCCGUUACAUCAUGGAUGAAUGUUCUUCUCCCUAAAUUAAAACCGUACUUGUAUGCGAAUGGAGGUCCAAUUAUUGCUGUUCAGGUUGAAAAUGAGUAUGGAAGUUAUUACACGUGUGACCAUAAUUACAUGAGGUAUUUGCAAGAUUUGUUUCAAAAACAUCUUAGUGAUGACGUCAUAUUAUUUACCGUGGAUCCUAUUGGUCUAAAAUCUGACAUCAAUUGUGGAACACUUUCAUCGCUCUUUACAACAAUUGAUUUUGGACCAGAAACAGAUCCUGAGGUUGCGCUAAAGACACUGCGGAAAUAUCAACCAAAUGGUCCAAUGGUCAACACGGAAUUUUACGUUGGUUGGAUUGAUAAUUGGGGUCUGCCGUUCCAAAGAAAGAAUGCCACGAUUAUUUCAACAGCUCUUGAUAAAUUACUCUCAAUGAAUGCUUCAGUUAAUAUUUAUAUGUUUGAAGGAGGCAGUAAUUUUGGAUUUAAUAAUGGAGCAACGUGGGCAUUGCUUUACCUGCCAGUUCUUACAAGCUAUGAUUAUGAUGCUCCACUGUCUGAAGCUGGUGAUCCCACCGAAAAAUAUUUUUCACUACGAAAUGUGAUCUCCAAGUAUUCACCUCAACCCCCCGGCCCAGUACCUCCUGCACUGCCUAAGCACGGAUAUGGAAAAGUCUACCUAAAGAAGCUAUUAUCAGUGUGGGAUGUUCUAAAAGUCCUCCCUUCAUGUAAACCUAUUAUAUCCGAAUAUCCUGUGACUGCGGAACAAAUCAGCCAAGUUCAUGGAUUCACAAUUUACAGAACACAGUUGAGACAAAAAUCAGGCUCAUCAUUAUUGAACAUACCAGGAGUACGAGACAGAGCGACCAUUUUCUUAAACCAGGAAAAGCAAGGUGUUCUUGACAGAAAUGGUCUCGGGAGUAUUGGUAUCGAGUUUAAAGAAAAUGACAUUCUUGACAUUUUAGUGGAAAAUCAAGGCCACAUCAACUUCAUGUUACUAAAUGAUCCUAAAGGAGUAAUACAAAAUGUAACAUUGCACGACGCUGUUCUAACCAAUUGGACAAUUUUCCCAUUAAGUCUCGAUCCCGAUGACGUAGCAAUUAUACUUAACAAAUCUGAUCAAGUCGGCUCGCCUUCGGGACCUUCCGAGCCAGCAUCGUUUUAUGUCGGCGAUAUACCUGCAAUGCCUGAUGGCAAAGCACCACUUGAUACUUUUCUCUAUUUAAAGAAUUGGUCCAAGGGUCAAGCAUUUGUCAACACAUUCAACCUUGGAAGAUACUGGCCAGCCAAAGGACCUCAACAAACGUUAUACGUCCCUUCCAGUGCAUUGAAUGGAAAUCCUGACUUCAUCAACAAAAUUAUUUUAUUUGAGAUUGACGAAGCUCCAUGUUUCAACUCUGAAUAUUGUUAUGUGGAAUUUAUAAAAAAUCCAAUACUGGGGAAAACAAAAAACUAGCAAUGGCGGCCGGAGUCCGGAGGUUAGCAACCUCGGGAGGUUCGGCUUUGGCCGCUGUACGUCAUCACUGGAAGAGCGUUAUUAGCCAUUCAAAUACUAUAGGAUUGCACUAGUGAUAGUUCAAUAUCUUUAAUUAAGUGGUGAUAAUUCAACUUACAAUUAAAUCUUUAAAGUUCAAAUGCUGGAAAGAGAGAUUUCUGAGGCUCGAAAAGAUCUAACCAGAAGUAAAGGGUUCCAGCAAGUCCUACACGUGAGAAAUUUAAAUGUAAAUUAUGACACAAAGACUGUUUAAAAUUUCCUACAGUAACCUAAACCGCAAGUAAGCCUACA